AUGGCCGAGUCAUCGGCGAAAACAGCGGCGAUUGUGGAGGAAGGAACUGCCGCUCACCAUGAGCACUUCUACGAUGCAGAACAUUAUCAUACAUUAGGACACGUCCGGCUUCGUGAUGCCAACACGAAUGAGAUCAUUCUCAUUCCCUCACCGUCCCUGGACCCCAAUGACCCGCUGAAAUGGAGCAAAUGGUACAAGAUCUCAAUCGCUGUCCUUGUCGCCUUUGCCAUGAUUAUGUGCAAUUUCAUGGCUGCAGGUCCCACGGUAGCCAUGUUGAGUGUGGCCCAGUCGUUCAAUACAACCCCGGCGCGCGCUGCCUUUUUCUUUAAUAACAGUGCUCUGGCGCAGGGUGUUGGUAACCUCUUCUGGGUUCCGGUCAUGUUGAAGUACGGGCGUCGGCCGGUAUACAUUGCAAGCUUUUUGAUCUAUUUCUUCAUGAUCAUUGGCUCUGGCCUGUCUAAAACCUACGGAGCGGAGAUUGUAACACGACUUUUCCUAGGCUUCGCCGGAGGCGCCGGUGAAUGUCUUGCACCACUGACCAUUACCGAUAUCUUUUACCUUCACGAGCGUGGGUUGUUUAUGGCCGCUUAUAACGCUGCUCUGUCCGCUGGUGUGGCAUUUGGAUCUGUGAUUUCUGGUCUGAUUGUUAUCAACUACACCUGGCGAACAAUUUAUUGGGUUGGCGCUGCAUUAGUUGGGGCCACUCUUCUGGUCGUCAUAUUUUCUUUUCCCGAGACCGCAUAUGAGAGGUACAACAAUCCUCUCGUUGUCAGACCCGACGAGGCAGCAAAGACUACUGGCGGUCAAACAGAGCAUAAUGAGAUCCAUAUGCCCCCUAUUCCGCCAAAACGAUCUUACUUGCAAGAUCUGAAGCCGUGGAAUGGACGCAAAUAUACUGAGGAGCCUUUGUGGAGGAUGAUGGUCCGCCCGCUUGGUCUGAUCAUCUUGCCUCCCGUCUUCUGGGCAACCAUUGUCAUGUCCGUCACCAUUGGCUUCUUAGUAGCCAUUUCCUCCAACAUUGGCAGCUCCUUUAAUGCAACCUAUGGCAUGGAGCCGUGGCAAAUUGGGCUGUGCUUUAUUGGGAAUCUCCUCGGAUGUGCCUUUGGAAUUGUGCUCGGUGGCCCAUUCUCUGAUUGGGUUGCCGACUAUUUUACCAAGCGAAAUGGCGGUAUUCGUGAGCCAGAGAUGCGUCUUCCCGCUAUCGUGCUCACCAUUAUAGCAUCACCUCUAUCUCUUGUUCUCUACGGUGUUGGCAUUCAGAACAAACUGCACUGGAUAGUUCCAACCCUGGGAUUGUUCUUCAAUGCCUUUGCUGUCGUCCAGGGAACUAAUGUCUCUUUCACCUAUUGCAUCGAUGCUUACCGCCCCAUUGCGGGUGAGGUUACUGUUACCCAGCUUGCCUUCAAAUCUUGCUUUGGUUACCUGCUCUCCUUCUAUACCAAUGUCUGGGUCGAAAGAGGCUAUGCACUGGCUUAUGGUGAGAUGGCUGCCAUUUCGGGUGGGUGCCUUCUGUUUUCGAUUCCUAUGUACAUUUGGGGUAAGCAAAUGAGGGUUGCUUCAAUGAAGUGGAAGGUGGUACAGUUCAUCAACUGGGAUGACGAUCGUGAGGUCGGCGAGUAG